GCAUUGAUUUCAGGUAAGGUUGAGAGUUUGAGAUUAUGUAAAACUAAUUAACCAACAACAUGCAAGUUCGUGUUUGUCUGCUCAGCCACUGUAAGUUAGUGAAAUUACUAAAAUGAAUGGCCGGGAACUUUUGAAUUCAAGAACUGUGAAAUUGAGUAAAGUUAUUUUAGCGGUUUCCUCCCAUUCGCUCAAGUUUGUUAUUGUCUUGCGCUUCAUAUAAUUAAUUAAUUUGCUUUUGCAGAUAUCUUUACGAAAUAUUAUAGAAUAUGACAAACCAGAGAAUUAUUUGGAGAACUUCUAACAAUGCCUAUGAAAUAGAAGAGAAUGUAGAGGUAGAAGCUCCAACAGCUCACGAGGUCAUAAUCAAAGUCAAAGCGUGUGUCUUGGAUGAAGAGCCAGACAUUGAAUUGUUACAAGAGUUCAAGAUUAUUGACAAUGAUGUAGUUCUUAUUGGUCGCAAGAUUUCUGGUGUUGUUACUGAGGUUGGUGAAGGCGUAUCUAGAUUUAGCAUCGGCGAUGAGGUUGUGGGAAUGAUUCCACCAAACACCUCAAAUUGUGGUUGUGCUCAUUUCUGUGCAAUAUCGGAGUUCAAUAUUGUGAAAAAGCCAGAAAAAAUCAACUUUGCUGAUGCCGCAUGCUGUAUUGGUGAUGGUUUGAGUGCGUACACUGCACUGCAUUAUCAGGCAAAACUGGCUGGUGGCGAAACUGUGUUGGUCAUGAAUGGCGCAUCUGGUCCUGGUAUCAUGGCUAUUCAAUUGGCACAAAGUUGGGGUGCAAAAGUAAUUACUACAGCUUGUAGUGAGGAAGAGAAAUUGCUUUUGCAAGGCAUCAAACCUGAAAUUGGAAGAAUCGUCGACUUGACAAGUGGUAAAACAUCAUUGCUUAACAUAUGCUUGGAAGAGACGGGAAGCACUGGUGUUGAUUGUAUCAUCGAUUGUGGAGUUGAACAGUUUCCGAACGAUAUCGCUAAAGAAUCUAAGCAUGGAUGUAGUGUGUUACCAUCGAAACAUGAUCUUAUUCUAAGCUUAGCUGUUGGUGGACGAUGGAUAACAAAACAGCAUGAUCUACAGUUAGACCCCCCUCAUUCAAAGAUGCUCUAUCUUAAAGGGGCAACCAUUGCGUUUCAUUUUACACAUUCAUGGACAUUGGCAAAAGGGCAACAAGGUCGUUUUCUGCGUAUCCUUGUAACAAAUACAUUCUUACUGAUUUAUUGGACAAAGUGGCGACAGGAAUAUUGAAACCAAUAACACACCAUACUGUCAGUUUUGAAGACGCCUGCUUGACAUUGGCAAAUUUAAACGAGUACAACAUUGGCAACGUCUUGCUUGUAAUGUAGAAAAUAUUUUUCGUGUUGUAUUUUUUAUAAACAUGUGAUUGAAAAUGGCUUGGAAUGUAAACAAUCGUAAACUAUAAUGAAAACUCCAAUGGAUUUCCGCGUUGUCACGCGCUUUCAUUAAUAAGAGUUUGUACACACUUCCGGACCUGUAGUUAAUAUAUAUAUAGUAAUUUCCUGA